UUUUUUUCUCCCUUUCUUUCUCUUACUACCACACAUACCUCUUCUACACAAUGAGCUACACUGCCCCUGCUAACCUUCACACCAAGAACGCCGAGAACGGUGAAGCCAACAACUUUGGCAUCAAGACCGGCUUGGCUCAAAUGUUCAAGGGUGGUGUCAUCAUGGACGUUGUCAACGCUGAGCAGGCCCGCAUUGCUGAAGAAGCUGGUGCUUGUGCCGUCAUGGCUUUGGAGCGUGUUCCCGCUGAUAUCCGCAAGAAUGGCGGUGUUGCCCGUAUGUCCGAUCCCCAGAUGAUCAAGGGUAUCCAAGAAGCCGUGACCAUCCCUGUUAUGGCCAAGGUCCGUAUCGGCCACUUUGUCGAAGCCCAGAUCAUUGAAUCCAUUGGUGUCGACUACAUUGACGAGUCCGAGGUCUUGACUCCUGCCGACGAGGCCAACCACAUCAACAAGAAGAACUACAAGGUUCCUUUCGUCUGUGGCGCCAAGAACUUGGGCGAAGCUCUCCGUCGUAUCAACGAGGGUGCUGCCAUGAUCCGCACCAAGGGUGAAGCUGGUACCGGUAACGUUGUUGAGGCCGUCCGCCACAUGCGCACCGUCAGCGGUGAGAUCCGUCGCGCUGCUUCCAUGACCGACGAGGAAUUGUACGCUUACGCUAAGGACAUCCAGGCCCCCUACGAACUGCUUAAGGAAACUGCUCGUUUGGGCCGUCUUCCCGUCGUCAAUUUUGCCGCUGGUGGUGUUGCUACUCCUGCUGAUGCUGCUCUUAUGAUGCAAUUGGGAUGUGAUGGUGUGUUCGUCGGCUCGGGUAUUUUCAAGUCCGGUGAUCCUGCCAAGCGCGCCCGUGCCAUUGUCCAAGCUGUGACCCACUACAACGACGCCAAGGUCCUCGCUGAGGUCUCUGAAAACCUUGGUGAAGCAAUGGUUGGCAUCAACUUGGAUGAGCUUUCCGAGGACCAGAGAUUGGCCAAGCGUGGUUGGUAAACAGCCCACUGGUUGUUAUCUUCCCAGUCAAUCUUCCCAAAAAUUUUUCAUUUCUUUCCUCCAUACUGUAUAAAAAUCCCCCCACCAUUACCACUCUAACACUCACGACGAAACGAGAGAAUAACUUGAUAGUAGUGUAGAUGAUUUGGCAUUUUGUUAAUAACUUAUUCAUCAGUAAAAUUCCCCCGAUCAACAUUCAUGAGAAAAAUACAUAUUCAUUUUCUCUGGAAGAAAAACCACAUUUUCUAUCUUUUUUCUCAUUUCACUUUGGAAGGGUAUCUUGA